GAUCGUUUGGGUAACCUUGGUGUCAUUGAUGAUAAAUACGAUGUCGCGAUUUCAACUGCCUGUUGCGUCAUUUUCAUUCUUUCGAAUGAACUGCCUACCAUGGACAAUGCACCCGAGUUUGAGCUAUCAAAGUUAGAGAUGGGUGCGAGUGCUUGCGCAAACCGUAUUCUCUAUACUGAAAAAAGAGUAGCCGAGUUGUGGCAAAAAAAGAUAGAUGAUACUAGGCGUAUGGGACAACUUCGAAUACAAAUUGAUCAUCUAACACAAGAAGGUGAUGAGGAACAAGAAUUUCAAAUUUACACUGAAGAUGAACUCGAUGCAAUGGACAAAGAUAUAGAGAUCGAUGAUCUUAAGAAUAUACAAAAUGUCAAUCCAAAUCUAAAUGUUUUGGAAGAUUAUCGUAUUCGUGAGAAAGUUUAUUUGUCACGUGUUAGAGAUCUUGAAGAUAUUACGAUCGUUUAA